ACAGCAGCAGGAAGUAAAAAUGCAGCGUUGAUCGAAUUCAUACGGAACAUUUGAAUUUAACAACUGCACGAUAGGAUGUGAAUAUUAAUAUUGAAGUCACAUUGUAGUCUGUGAAUAGAGGACAGAAGUGCAGCCGGACAAAUGAGUGUGCGUGCUUUGUGGAUCAUUUCUCACGAGAAGGGAGAAAAUGUGUCAAUACGCUUUACAAGGAGGUUUGCUACUGUGGAGCACCGUGCAAAGAGCCUGGCAGGUUCCUCAUAUGUGGCAGUCCCAGAAGACUACAGUGUGCUGCAGCUCCUGCUCACUGAGAUGGGACUUUCAGACUCGGACAAGUACUAUGUAGCUCUCAGAGAUGAUUGCCUUCAUCGUCAGCGAUCACCAGCCCUGGAGCUGCGUGUGGACGGUCCUGGAAAGGGAAUACUGUGGCCAGUGUUGGCCAUCUCACACGGGCCUCUGACCCUAGCUUGCCUGCCUAUAGUGGAUGCCCCCGCUGAGCCACGGCCACCCCUUGCCAGCCUGCUGUCUGUCUCCCAGGGCCUAACACUCUUGGCAGGUCUGCAAACUUUUCUUCUUGGCUCUGGGGGAAAGCCUGAUAACGAGGGUCUGGCCUCUCGCCUGGCCAUUCUGCCAUCUGUACUCUUACAGGUUUGUCCACUUGGCACACCCCUGGAUGUGCCACUUUUGGGGGCACCUGCUACAUCCACAGUGCCUACUCCUGCUGGGAGCCAGAAGCAGCCAGCCUGGAAGACGGGGCUCCACCGCGGUCGAGCUGUGGUGAACGUAGCACUGAAAGAAACAGUGCGCUCCAUGCAGUAUGGUGACCGGAGCAGACAGGACCUGUGGGAUGUUUAUGGCACUGUGACAUGCAAAUGUGAAGUGGAAGGCAUGCUCCCAAAUGUGACAGUGACCCUCACAUUGCCACCAAAUGGUUCUCCACUACAGGACAUCCUGGUCCAUCCUUGUGUCACCUCACUGGAUGCUUCUAUCCUCACUGACAGCAGUGUGGAUAACUGUGACGGCUCAGCUUUCUCUGGACCAUACAAGUUCCCCUUCUCUCCUCCUCUGGAGCCAUUCAGACUAUGCAGCUAUACAUCUCAGGUCCCUGUUCCUCCUAUCCUCGGUUCGUAUCAACUGAGGGAGGAAGAGAACCAGCUACAUGUGUCAGUGACCCUCAAACUUCACGAGAGUGUGAAGAACAGCUUUGAGUACUGUGAGGCACACCUGCCAUUCUUUAACAGGGAUCAGAUGGGUGUUGUGGAUGUGAAGGUGAGCUCUGGACAAAUGGACGUUUCAAAGGAGAAGAACCUCCUGGUCUGGGGCCUGGGACAAAAGUUCCCUAAAUCUCGUGAGGUCACAAUGGAGGGCAAGAUCAGCUUUUCUGGGCCGACGCCAGGACCCACUGACCCCAUUUGCACAGAACUUAUAGCCUAUAUCAAAUUGUAUUUCAAAGUGCCUGACAUGACGCUCUCUGGAUGCUGUGUUGACCAGCAUUCAGUGCAGGUUUAUUCCUCUGCCAAACCACGGAUUAUAACAUCCCGAGAACUUCAAUCCAAAGAGUACUUCAUAUGGAAUUCAACUGGAACUGCUCCGGUGUCCUCUGGGCCGAUGAUGCUGUAGCACGGAUACAUUAAGAGCAGCUCAGUGCUCGGGUCACUGUAACGUAACAAGACUGAAAACUGUUGAGCAAAUACUGUACAGUGAUCCAGACUAGAUAUGUGACCCCAUAAAACAUGUUACUAUCCUGUUGUUACUGCAGAGCUCACAAAUGAUAGAACAUUUAGAUAGCAUUACAAAUAAUUAAUUGAUAUAAUCAUGUCAUCAUUUUGCUUUCAUUCAGUACAGCUCACAAUGUGCAAACUUUCACUGACAGAAGUAUUGAUUUUGUUGAUGGGUGGAUACUUAAAAAACAACAACAACAACAACCUGUUCUUGUAGUCCAACUUCUUUUAUUCCCCAACCUUCACCCUCCCUCAAAUUUAUCCCACUGCAGACACAAGAGCCACCCCUCGCUCCGACAGUCCCACUUCAGUGACUCUCUAUCAGCCGGAUAAUUAGCAGCUGGGGCCUUGUCAUCAGCUGUUGUGGGCCUGGAAGAGAGGGGCGGCUGGGCUGUGAAAGGCCAGGCUGCUCUGGCCAGUGCCUUGGCUACAAAAGACUCCUCUUUUAGAGCUGGCAGGAGUCCUUGCCCCCUUCACCAAUCACUCCCCCACCCCUUUUGAACCCAUCCCCGCCCUGUCAACUAGUGGCUAGUUCAAACACUCAACCUCUCCAGCCAGACUGUGAUUGAGCGCUGACCCUCUGGCCCUCUGAGACUUAAAAAGCAGCCGGCCCCAUUCAGAGAGAAGGACCUGCCUAAUUGGUGAAAAAGUCACAAGAAUGGAAAUGAUUGGGUCGCCACCAGGUUGCAUAAGUGCUUUAAAUUAAUUAAUGUAGAACUUUUAGUAUGUUAUUUUCAUUGAUAUUGUAAUAACACAGGUGUCAGUGCAGUAUUAUAAUCAAUAUUCAAUUCAUUUACAAGUAUAGUAUUUAACGAGGGGCAUGUCGUUCCACAUGUUUCUCACUGUUUUUUUUUUACCUGAACUAUGAUGGGUUUCAUACUAACUCGGUUACAUUUCUACUGUGAAAGCUCCACCUCAGUGUAUUAAGGUAAAUGAAUAACCAGCCGAUGAAGGGUUAAAUCAAAGAAGAUUGUGCCCCACUACUCCACAGCAGCCAGACUCCUCUGAGUGCCCUCAUUGUGUGCUGUUGGCCUCUUGUGCCCCUUGCUGGUCCAAAUGCUACAUUCUCACGUGGAUUUCCACUCAGAAGGCUGACCAUGACCAAUCCUCUGUCAAUUGGAACCAAUUGCUCACACGGCAUCCUUCACCUUCUUUUUAUGUAGCGGUACGGAGUGGCAGACACCGAGACCUCUCGGCUCUCCCCCUGCACGAUGAUUUGGCUUUAAGGCCCAGUGUGUAUGGCUAGCGAACUGGAAAAGGAGACGUUUUUUUUUUUUUUUUUGAAGAGUUGGGCCACUCUAAAUCUCUUCAGUUUCCCAAUAUGUGGUCGGUCUGGCUCCUCAAGUCUGCAGUCAGUGGCCUCUCACUGGCUGACUUUGCUUUGUUGAUUGAAUGGCUUGCUAAGUAGAUGGACUCGUUUUAAUGUGUUGUUCUGCUCCGUGCCUUCAGCUCAUACCUUUGGGUCUUUAGUUCUACGCAGUUUUUCAGAAUCAUUCAUUAUUUAUUCAUUUCAUCAUUUUUUACUCUUGUAUACACACAUACAAAAAAGGGAUUAACACUUUUGUACAAUAAUAACACAGGCCAAAAUACAUUUGUGAAAGUAAAGUAGCACUGUGGAUUGUCAGAAAUAAUGUUAAUAUAUCACAGUGUUGCAUAGCCUUACAUGCUCAAAAUGAACUUUCAUACCAAAACAUUAACUACACUAUUAUAAACACUGCAACUGUUAUCCACCUGACUGUGGGACUGUACUUCUGUGUCCCUUAACCCAAUAAUGACACCCAGUGGUAGAGUACAAUAAAGUCCAUGUUCGACCUUUGAUUUCUUUAAUACACUUUAAUACUUAUUUCAUCUAUUGAAAUCAUUUUACUCAACCACUGCCAGAUAGUCUUUGCUUGUUUAAUUCCCCCCACGCCCCCUCUGUGCGAUGAGAUCCCAGCAAUGUUCAUCUAAGGCACCGUGCCUGAGGACCAGGCUUUUGUUGGCCACUGUGGCCCCCAGGUGUUUGAUUGGAGUCCAGUUCUUCUCGGCCUCUCUAAACCCGCUAAGAGCCGGCCUCAAGGGGACCGCUUGAAGAACGACGGUGCAAUUAGCUGUUUCCUGUUUUCAGACUAAUUAUUCUUCAAGAGCCACAGGUCUUCUCAAAUAGUGGGAUAUCGUUAUACUGAGGGAUUCUUUAGUGCUAAUUUCUAUAGCAGAUGCCCAAUAAUAGGGCAGAAGCUUCAAAGCUGGCUGAGCUGAAUCUCAACUCUUUGAACUAAAUAUAAAAUCUAUUUUUGGAUGUUUGCUAUCAAUAUUGUAGUAAGGCUGCAUGAGCUUCAGACUCACUGCCUCGACAGCAAGUGUUCUCACUGCUUUCACCCAUAGAGGGCAUCAUUCACUCAGACAUGUAGGAAGUAUCCGGAGCACAUCAAGAGGUUUAUUCAUAUUGCAAGUUGGUUGACUAAGUGUUCUUAGUCCAGCUCAUUGUCUCAGAUCCCUUAUGCACCUUUUAUCCAUGCUGUCUGACACUUUCUGGCAGACUCCAGCCACAUCCAUCUGUGUGUUACCCGUCUUCUGUUCUCACUACUUCCCUUUCAGUUCUCCUUGAUAAGUCUUUUGUUUACAGACUGUCUUUCCUCUCUGUUUCUGGGACCAAGAGCUCGCUCUGUCUGGAUCCCGUCUUUUCCACGGCACAGGAGCUGUGUCUUUGGCUGGUUAAGGUGUCUUUCUUCAAAGAGUUGAGGCAGAGAUUUUGGGUCCCGAAGACAGCUGGGGUCCAGACUUUCUCCUGUGGUCUCAUCCCAGAAGAUAUCCCUCUCUGUGGGCCUUCUCACAAGUUUCAGCCUCUGGAUGCCUUCUGUAUUUGUGUGGUGCAGGGUAAGGGAUAAAAGUCAGCGGAGGCUAUAUCCUUGCCGAAGCCAGCUACUGAUCACCUGACCAACGAUGAGCUGGCAGCGACUAUUCAUUUGACCAAGGUGGUAACUCAUGUGUCCCACCUAGUAUCAAGCUUGCUUGUUAGAUUAACAAUUCAUAGUCUUACCUUUAACUGAGUAGACAACCUUAUGUCUUCUCUGCUCUCUGGCACGUCGGAGGUGAACUCGCGGAUGCCGAUUAGCCUGUUGAGUGAGAGCUGUUUGGGCCUCCGGGAAUCCUCCCUAGAAAGACCACAGUCAAGACACCAGUGGUGGAAAGUCCAUUUGGUACAAUUCUUAGGUAACACUGCUUGUACUUCACUUGAGUGUUUCCAUAUUAUGCUACUUUUUACUUCUACUUCACUACAUUUCAGAGGGAAAUAU